UUCAACAAGUAACUCCAGUGUCUGCAGUUCUCUCUCCCCAUCCGGUCACGAACUCUGUCCGAGUCUAACCAAGUCAAACACAACAACUGGCGACGAGGAAGAACAAUCAAGAAAAUUCGUCUAGUCAAAUAGGAUGGGAGAUGCACUGCCAGGGGCCGAAAAUCUACGAAUCAUCUUCCCUUUGCGGACUUUCGACCCUGAUGAAAUCUCGUGGUCAGGCUGGUAUCAACUCUUCACUGAAUUCUGCCGGCUCAACAGAGUGCCAGCCGAACCAGCUGCUGUGCCUCCAGCCCUUGUCGGUGCCCACAAUGCUCGAAGAUCAGCCUUUAUUCAUCACAUUGGUCCACGGGCCUUCGAGCAUCUCAGGAUUUCGUGUCUGCCGCUGGAGCCAAGUACUCAGAGCAUCGCCACGUUGGCAGCUUUCCUGAAAGCGAAGUAUGAGCCACAGGGUCUGCACACCGUCAAUCGUGUGCAUUUCCAUCAAAGAUGCCAGAAACAAGGUGAGACCGCCCAUGACUUCAUUUCUGCCCUGCAAGUUUUGGCGGCAAAAUGUAACUUCGGUAACAACCUCUUCGACACGUUGCGAGACCGCAUUGUCACGGGCAUCAGGUCAAAUGAGCUCCGCAUGCGCAUGUUGUCAGAAAACAACUUAACCUAUGUACUUGCACGUAACAUGGCAAUUCAAGACGACAUUUUGCGUGAGCAAACGCGUACAUUAGCGCAAGUUCAGAGCAAUCAACAUGUGAAUUUUGUCUCGAAGAAGCCGAAGAAACAGUCUCACGCUGGUCAUCAGUCUCAUCAACAGAAACAGUCAAAUGCCAGUCAUCAGUCAAAUCAACAUGCUUCCAAGUCUUCAUCAAGUGGCUCUGAUUCCAAAUGGAAUCCUUGCUUCCGCUGUACUCGACGUCAUGAUGGCCGCAACUGUCCCGCCAUCAACUGGACCUGCCAUAGUUGUGGAGGAAAAGGACAUAUCUCAAGAGCAUCUUCGUGUCCCAAGAACCGCAACAAGAGGUCCACCCCAGUCAACGAGGUUUCUUCGAAACCACCAGAGCCCAAGUCAUUGGAAGAAGAGGUCGCUAACCUGAUUAAGUGCUCCCAGGAUGUCAGAGUCAUCUUUAUUAACGAGGUGUCACAGUCCCCACCCCUUCUCGUGUCAAUGUCAGUUAAUGGAAAGGAACUGGAAAUGGAAGUCGACACAGGUGCUGGAGUUUCUCUUGUGAGUGUUACGGUUUAUCAGAACCUCUUUAGUUCAGUGCCUUUGUCACCUGCACCUGUUGUGUUACGAUCUGUAACUGGUGUCAUUAAGGUUUUUGGUCAAAUUGAGGUGUCUGCUUCCAUUGCCAAUCAGUCAUGUUCCAAUCUUACUUUGUAUGUCUGUGAAGCUGUGUCUCCUGUCAGGUCACUGUUAGGUAGACCUUGGCUUGAUGUCUUGUUUAAAGGGUGGAGAAACUUUUUCUCAAUCCCAGUGCAUCAUACUUUGUUCUCAGUUCAGGAACGAGUGUCUCAGUUUGCUAAUAUGUUCCCAAAUGUGUUUGAUGUCAAUAACGAUGCACCCAUUUCUCAAUUCAAAGCUUCUCUUAUUUUAAAAGAUGGUGUUCAGGAUAAGUUUGCUGCUGCAUAUUCUCUACCUUAUUCCUUGAUUGAUGUAGUUGGUGAUCUGAUUGAUAAACUGGUCAAGUCACAUAAAGUUUUCUCAGUUGAGUAUUCCACCAAUGCUUCUCCAUGUGUUCCAAUUAAAAAAAAGUCUGGUGGUUAUCGUUUAUGUGUAGAUUUUAAGCGAACCCUCAAUACUCAACUUCAUGUUAAUCAGUAUCCUUUGCCUAAGAUUGAUGACAUUUUUGCUUCAAUCCCUAAUGCAGCUUGUUUCUCUGUCAUUGAUCUCAGUGAUGCCUAUCUACAAUUAGAAUUAGAUGAAGCAUCAAAACCUUAUGGCACUGCCAACACCCACAAGGGGUUGUUUCGCUACAAUAGGUUAAUCUAUGGUAUUUCUAGUGCUCCUUCAAUCUUCCAGCAAACUAUAGAUAAUAUUUUGAAAGGUGUUCCUGGUGUCAAAAGUUAUCUUGAUGAUAUACUAGUCUUUGGUGAUAGUUUUGAUCAAUGCUAUGGUAGAACAUUGUCAGUGUUACGUAAGUUGUCCAGGUUUAAUGUCAAAGUUAAUGUUUCAAAGUGUGAAUGGUUUGUAGAUAAGGUUGAGUACUUGGGUAACAUCUUGUCUAAGGAAGGUAGGAAACCAUCUCCAGCUAAGCUUGAAGCUGUCCUUAAAGCUAGGAAACCUACUACCAAAUCUCAAGUUUCAACUUAUCUUGGUCUUUUCUCGUAUUACUUGCCAUUCUUACCUAAUUUUAGUGCUGUGUCUAAACCUCUCAGGGAAAUGUCUGAUCCACUGGUAUGGACCCCUGCUGCUAAUGCAGCCUUUGAUAAUUGCAAGAAGCUAUUAGCUUCCAGUGGUGUUCUCAUGCAUUAUAACCCUGAUCUCCCUAUUGUUGUCAUUUGUGAUGCAAGUCCAGAUGGUCUGGGUGCCAUUCUGUGCCAUGAAAUUGUUGUUAAUGGUCGGGUUGUCGAGUGUCCCAUCUUUUUUGCUUCAUGUGCCUUGACUCCCACCCAACAAAACUACUCUUAAAUUGAUAGGGAAGCUCUAGCAAUUAUGUUUGCCAUU